AUGCCAUCCUGGUCUACUAGAGCCAAAGAUGAUGGUGGGAAGAAGGCCGAGCCAGUAAAGGAGAAAGUGAAAAAUGUCGGAACAAGCACUAAGAGCAAAUAUCAACGUACAGAUGCAAAAUCGUCGACCUCCCUCAAGCAGCUUGCCAAGACCUUGAGCGAAAGUGUCACGGAGAGAAGGAAGAAAGAUGGUACAGGUGGAACGAAGAACGAUGAACGAAGACAUGGUCACCACGGUCUACUGGACGCUAUCACUCCCAAGCCUGCUCCGCAGGUCGAAGGAUCUUUCUCCAAUCCACAUAAGACUCCUUCCUCCAGAUCAGGUUCUUUGUCAUUCACUAAGUCCGCUCCAGACUCAGCAACAAGUAAGAAACGAGGUGCGAGACGAGGGAUGUGUUCCAUGAAGAAGGAUAAGGACAAAGAAAAAGAACCAGAGGAAGAAGAUGGUGAAUGGAAUGAACAUGGAUUUUGGAUAAGUAAUCCCAAACCUCAACCAGUCCGGGAAUCUCUCGCAGACGAUCGUACUGAAACGGAGAAACGGAAAGCAGAAGAAGAGAUUGACGAGCUGGAAGAUACUCAAAUCACUCCUGGGAAUGAAGGGAAAGUUAAAGACCUACCAACCUCAUCUCCUUCACCACCACCUACCAGGCUUCGAACGCCCGCUCUACAACACACCGCGAUCAACCCUCGAAUGGUCGACAAUACUCCUCUACCACUUCCUCCCCCUCAAUCUCGAUUACAUCGCUUGAAAGAUCCUGACAUCUCAUUCAGCCAGAAUGCUAUGAAAGAUAUCUCUCACCAAGCCAAGAAUCAAGCACAGAAUACCAAAGAGAAAGAGAAAGAACCGCUUUUCUUGGCUGUUUCAAUUUCACCCGAUUCCGACCAAGAGCCUCACCAGAGAGAAGAAGAUGAUGAAACGGAAGAAGAAGUCGAGUUUAUCGAAUCCCCCAUUCAGCGACCGACUACCAGACGAUCUCACGUCAGGUCGAGUAUUAGCGAUGAUGAAGAUUCAAGUCAGGGAAAGGGGAUUCCACCUCCAUCUUUCCUAGCUGAACGGGACAGGAGGAAGAAGGAAGAGGAAAAGCGAGCGCAAAAGGCUAGAGAGAAGAAGGGCAAAAUCCACCCGGAAGCUAACUAUUCAGAUACAUCGGUCUCGGAGUCCAACGAUCGAGGUCUUGUGCUUGUACCCGAUAGUAAUCCCGAGGGAGACACACCAGCCCGUCACUUUGGAAUUGAAAUCACUCCUUUCGUCAACAACUCCCCUUCUCAAAGCCGCAAGACGAGAAGUAAAUCCUCUCGCAAAAGCAAGACUUACGGUAAAGGAAGAUCACAUGCAUACCAACAUGGUAAUCCCCUUCCUCAUGCCACAUCCCAAAGACUUACCCUCACUCCACCUCCCGCCCCUGUAGUAUCUUCCUACAGGGGUGCUAAGAGAAAGGGGUCUACAAGCAUCUGGCGUGAUUCCUCUUCUUCAACAUCACCAGAGCCAGAUGCUGUAGGCGGCUUUGAUCAAGGUCAUGAUAUGGGAUAUGAUACUGAACCGCCUCGACCUGGUAAGAAGCGAAAGAGAUGGACUAGAAAUGGACCACCUCCUGGCGAGCGGCUGCUUGGCUUGUUUGGCGAAGAUGAAGAUCAACCACCUCGAUAUCGACAAAAGAGAGGGCGUACUCCUAGAUAUCCUGUCACAACGGUCUUCAAGUGGCCUGAAUCCGAUGAAGCAGGAAAAGAAGAUCAGGCUGAAUAUGACCCUGACACUGCUAGAAGAAGGAAGAAAAGAAGGAAGAGGGAGAUCGAGAAGAGGCAUAGGGCGAUGAUAAGACAUGAACCGAGGUUACAGUUGACAAGAAGUGGUUCCUGCCGGGCUAGAAUUGAAGACUACGUCGGCAAAAUUGGUCACACCUUGACAUUACCGAAAAAACCUCUUCACGCCUCCAGAGCUGUCCGUGGCAGGAGCUACAAGCGAAUGCAAGGUGUACCGAAGCACGCCUGUAAACCUAUGCCAACUAUCUCUUAUUCCGAAUACGUGGCGAGAUAUCGAAAAUCACCCAACUUUGCCAGCUCGGCCAGUCGACCUUCGGGAGGCAGAGUGAAUGAAUUGAUCUCCGCAGGAAGGAAAGCAAGGUUCGAGUCGGGGAUUCGCAAACAACGCCCAAUCACUAGAGAAAUCACCCCCAAGCUUCCAUUGGUACCAUUGGUUCCGAGUCAAGGGGAUCCUCAAAUCGAGGAUGAGAUAGUUGUUGAACCGUCACAAAGAUCAUUCAGAAGAAGAGGAUCUUCUCUUGGUCAACCGCUCGUUCCUAAGAAUGUACCUAGGCUAAAAUUCAUCAAGAAUCAACCUCCCUCAACAUUGAAUCGACCUCAGCCCAAUGAAGAUCCCUCGGAAAGUACUGAACCCGAUGGAACAUCGAUAUUGAGCCAUCUCUUCACUAUGCCUCCAUCCAGACAAAAUCCGAGAAGAGAAAUGCCACAAGCUUUCAGAAAGUCUGCCACUCCGCUGAUUCCUUUCGAAGAUAUCAUACUUAGCGAUGAUACUCCCGAAACUUCUAGGAGGAAUCCGCAGAAUUACUAUGAGGCAGAAGAUCCUAUCCAGCCGUGGCCAACUCAAGAUUCGCAAUUGGACAUAAUCGGUUCCUAUUCUGGUCGAACCCCUGAAAUGUUUGGUGGUUCUCCCGUUCUUCCAUCACCACCUGAGAGAUUAUCGGAGACAUUCAGGAGGCUUGAUGGGAUGUACAAACAGGACAUGAGUGAACAUGUCGCUGAGCCAAUGGUCCAAGAGGAUAUGGUUCAGCCUGAGCAUGUUCAACGGGAAGUCACACCUCUUCAAGAUCGACCCGAAGUAACAGCGUCGCCUGAUCACCAGGCUGAUCAGCUCGAAGGAGAGAAUGAUACCGAUAAGGGAGAUUUGCCUGAAGAUGAUAUGGAUUGGGCGGAGAUCGGAAAACAAAUCACGCCGUCACAAUGGACAGGGCUUGACGUGCAACUCGCUCAAGUAGAGGAAGAGAUAAAGGCUCGAAAAAGUAGUAAAUCUCGAGAGGCAAGUGAGAAGGUGAGAUUUGCGAACAUUCCUCGUCAAGCCUCUCAAACGGCAGUCAAGCCACCAGAGACCGGGGGAGGUUUGGUCCUUCCGGUACCUUCAAAUGCUCGAUCUCCUACUAGAGCACCUUCACCACAACCAUCCGGUCGUUCGGAGCCAGAUCGAAAGAUGACUGGUAUGGAGGUGACUCAACAUCUCCUACAACUUCCACUUGAUCCAUCCAUUGCUCGAAACAUCAACAAGACUUUUGUCACUAGUUCUAGUCGAGGAAGUUCCGCCGAUCGACCUUCCGGAUCGACCAGUACUAGUCGGAAAGCAAGAAGAGAAGAACGAGCUAAGCGAGUUCACGAUAAGAGGUUGAAAGACAAGAAAAGGGAGAAGGAGAAACAGGCUUUACUCAACUUUGACAAACCCCGCUCAAGUACCUCUAGGAACGUCUUAGCUGAAGUUCAUCCUCCUUCAGAUACCGAAGAAGAGGAAGAGGUUGAAGAAGUUGAACCUUUUCGUCCAGUUUCUAAACCCCCGAUCAAAAGAAAGCAAACUUUAAGCGAGGCGUAUAGAAAUAUUUAUCCCCCUCCUUCACCUCCUCGACUGAAAUCUCGUGCGUCGGCACCAUCAAGAUUCAGUCUGGGUACUACGCCCGUAGUGAAGAAUUUUAAGGAUGCCAAGCAACCUAGUGCCAAAGCUUUUGGUGAGAGGAAUAGGAGGCUGUCCCAAGAGGCUCUUGGUAGAGUCUUCAGACCGCCUAUACGAGGGACUAAUUCAUUCGGUACUCGUACUUCCAGCACCGAUAUCACUGGGGGUGUUGAUGCCACAUACGAACCUACCGAGGUAUCUCGUACCAAUACUCAAGGUAAUAUCACUAGACAACCCUCGACAAACAGUAUAAGGAAUACCAACGAUUCACAACCUUACAUCAAUGCUUGGAGAACUGAAAUUGAAGGUACGGACAACCCCAUUGAGAGAGGUAGGAACCAAGGUGGGAAUCCUUUCGAAGAGGAUUUGAGAAUGUUCGAACAUUCUCCUCCUGACCCUUCUUUGAAUGAGCGAUCUGGUAAAGAGAGGGGACGGCAGAGGUAUCUUUCAGCUGAGAAUUGGGUGGGUUCGCAGGAGUAG